UUGGGCUUCCUGGGUUGCCAUGGCGACGCCCUCCAGGAGUUUCCCGGCAUGCACCGGGCGGGGCCCCCAGUGCGCAGGCGCAGAGAGCACUGCAGACGCCAUCUUCCUGGGCCUGGGUCUGGAGGAGGGAGGCUUCCAUCAUGGAGAGCGAGGAAGGCGGGCAGCGGCUGCGCUUCCAAAUGGAGCUGGAGUUCGUGCAGUGCCUGGCCAACCCCAACUACCUCAACUUCCUGGCUCAGAGGGGAUACUUCAAGGACAAAGCCUUCGUCAAUUACCUGAAGUACUUGCUCUACUGGAAGGAGCCGGAGUACGCCAAAUACCUCAAGUACCCCCAGUGCCUCCACAUGCUGGAGCUGCUGCAGCACGAACACUUCCGCAAGGAGCUGGUGAACGCCCAGUGCGCCAAGUUCAUAGACGAGCAGCAGAUCCUCCACUGGCAGCACUACUCCCGCAAGCGCAUGCGCCUCCAGCAGGCCCUGGCCGAGCAGCAGCCCCCCAUGCAGCCCACACAACCGCCGCCGCCGCCUCCUCCUCCUCCACAACAGCCACAGCCGCCUUCGCAGCAGCAGCAACAGCCGCCCAUGCAACCCAUGCAGCCGCAGCAGCUCCAGCAGAACAGCACCUCCGUCAAGUGAGCCCUCGGAGGACACCUCCUCCUUCCCCUUGGUCAGGGCAAGGAGGCCCAAGAGACUGGAGUGCAUUGAGACAGCAGGAGGCAUGGCAGAUGGGAACUCACUCACUCACUCCAAGGGGACCGCAUGGGUACCUUGCUGGCUCUUGAAUGGGUUGCCUUAGGGUCAGAGGCCACACAAAGAGCAGUGAGAAGGCGGUCAGGGGGCAAGGCAACCUUUCUUGGAGGCUGGGGUUCAGGGUCUGCUUCCCCACUUACACAAAUGGACACCCCUUCCCCCUUGCAUGCAAUUUGCAGCAGGUUUCCCAUUUUGACAGUGUGCUGUUUGGCUGCAAAUGAAAUAAAAGCCAGGAAGGGAAACCCUCUUCUCAAGUUGUGUUUGAA